AUGGAUUGCAUCUACUCCAGGAAAUUUUAUGAGGAUAUUGGAAGGUGGCUGGGUUAUUUCCACUGGCCAGAUUCGUAUGAGGAGCUUAAUCGUUGGUGCUUGUUAACUAAGAAUAAUGUGAAGAACCAGAUUAUUAAUGCUGUGAUCUCGGCUUCCUGGGAAACCUCUUAUUACCGUGGGUGUCCAAAUUGGGUAAGUGUUGUCCUUAAAAAAGAAGCAACAAUUGUGAGAACUCGUGGAGCUUCCUCUAAGAAGACCCCUGCUUCUCAAUCCAGAAAGGUGCCCUCUCCAUCGCCCCCUCCAUCUGUGUCAACGGCGCCUCCAUCUGUUCCAGCACCUGCCUCAUCUGUUGGGAAGAUUUGCAAAUCCAAGGCGCGCAAGAAGGUGUUCUCCCUCUCUAAUGAACACCCCAUGGUGUUUCGUGAUAUCACAGCUGACAUUGUUGAUAUUGCACCACCAUCUGAAGUGGUGGUGCCCUCUCGAGCCAAGAACCCAUCUCCUCUUCCGAUUGAUUUGUCUCUGACGGCUAGGGCAAAAUCAAAAUCUGUUUCAUCUUCUUCCAAAGUUGUUGCUGCUGGGUUACUCAAACUGCCCUUGAAGCCGAGCCAGUCCAAGAAAAAUUCUGUGGCUCCCAAAAGGAAAUUGGGAUUGGACACGUCUUCUUCCCCCUUGACUGCUGCCAAGAAAAGAUUGAAGGCUCAUCCCCCUUCUCUGUCUUCCUCCGAAUCUGACCCCGAGGAAGGAAAGUCUGAAUCUAAAGCAACCCGUGAUACCACCUUAUCUGAUGAAAUGGUUCCUGACAAUGCAGAAUCAGAGGCUGAGUCUAAUGAGCGAGAACAAGAAGAAAUUGUCCCCUCUGAACAAGAAGCUGAAUCUGACUCAGAGCCAAUUGCAUCUCCUUUGUCAUCCAAGGCUAAAGAGAAGAGACCUAUUUCUGAUCCUACACCUUCUCCAAAACGUUCAGGUGUAAAUUUCAAACCUUAUUAUUCAACUUUUUGUUAUAAUGAUAAUGCUCGUGAUAUGGUUCUCUAUGCUCAAAGGAAAUUUAUCAUUGAGAGAAAUUAUAUCUUGAGUGAUCAUCGACCUUAUGGUGUGCUAACAAUGCUUCAAGAUCGAAAAUGGACAGGUUCUUUGGUUAAAUUUACUGGUUUUGUGGAUAGAAUAGUCAAGGAAUUCUAUGCCAAUCUUACUAAUGAAAUUAUUGAACCUAAAUCUCCUCUGUAUUAUAAAGUGUUUGUUAGGGGCCAUUGGUUCUCUUUUUCCCCUCAAGACAUUGCCCAUGCUUUGCAUCUUCCUCUUGAUGUAGAGGAAGAUGAUGAUCUUGCCACUCUUGACAGGGAUACGAUUAUCACUGAAUUAGUAGGGCAAAAAAUGGUAUGGCCAUCUAAUACAGUCAUCUCGGUCUCUAAUCUCACCUACACUUAUGCUGUCCUCCAUAAGUUUGCCACAACAAAUUGGAAGCUAACUUCUCACACCGCAACUAUCUCUUUUGACAUGGCUUCGUUUUUGUACAAGGUGGGGACCGGUAUUGGUAUAAAUUUGGCUAUGGUUAUUCAUGAUCAAAUCAUUGGGUUUCGAAAAGAAGACUUGGUGGCUCCCACUACUGCUGCUUCCUACAAGGCCUCUGCUCCUCCUACUAAAGCCACUGAUGCUCUAUCAACCAAGAAAGUCAAGCCCCAAUCUCUGAAGUUUUCCUCGGAUGACAUUCCUCAUGCAUCCUCCUCUGUUCCCACAGAUUCAGGACUUGUUGCUACAGAAAUAGCUGCUGUUCGAGCCUCUGUUGAUUCUUUGGCUGCUCGAGUGAUGUCCAUUGAAGGACUGCAAUGUUCGGUAUUGGAUGAUGUUCAAACUCUGUCCAAAGAUCCAGUCGUUUAG